AUGAGCGGAGUAUUGAAAAGGAAGUAUGAAGAGCUGGGGGAUGACAGCACCUACUGCUCCUCCUCUUCCUGCUCCCCCCUCUCCUCCUCGGCGUCCUCAGGCUGGGAGUCGGAUGAGGAGAGCUCCCGCGGAGAGCCCAAGCCCAGCUCUGCCUUAACGCCCAGUUUUACCCCCACGUCUAUCCUGAAGAAAUCCAAGCGACUAAAGAAGAACAAUGUGGAGUUUGACCGGGUCACUGUGUUUUACUUCCCACGCUGCCAGGGGUUCACGAGCGUGCCUAGUCGUGGGGGCUGUACCCUGGGGAUGGUGAGCAAACACAGCUCCUCCCGGCAGUUCACGCUAGCGGAGUUUUCAAAGGAGCAGGAAAACGUUCGGCGGGAGAAACUCGAAGAGAAGUUAAAAGAAGAGAAGUUGGAAGCGUUGAAAUGGAAACUAACCAUGAAUGGCACAAAAGAGUCGGAGGAGGCCAACCAGCUCACCAUCGAUGACAUCUCCGAUGACGACAUUGACGUCAGCAACGUAGACCUGGAGGACGGCUUCUUCCUCCAGCCCUACCCUGCCAAGAAGAGACGUGCGCUGCUGAAAGCCGUGGGGGUGAAGAAGAUCGACAAGGAGGAGAAGCGAGAGCUGCAUAAUAUCCGUCUGUCCCGGGAGGACUGUGGCUGCGACUGCCGGGAGGUCUGCGACCCAGAGACCUGCAGCUGCAAAGUGUCAGGUACUUUCCUCGCCUGCCAGAUGGAUCACACCUCCUUCCCCUGCGGCUGCACCAAGGAUGGCUGCGGCAACACCGAGGGCAGGAUCGAGUUCAACCAGGCCCGCGUGCAGACCCACUUCAUCCACACCAUCAUGAAACUGGAGCUGGAGAAGCAGCAGCAGAGCAGCGAGAAGGUGGUGGAGGCCGAACCCCCUUUUCGGGAGCGGCUCGCGCCAUUAGGAUGCGCGGCGGGGAAGGGUUCCUUGGAGGAGCGCGCUGUGCCGCUGGCACCCGCCUUCCAGUUCAGCCCCGAGCUGGAAGCACUGGGGGAGAACAGCUGCAGCAGCGACAUGACGGACUCCUCCAUCUCCUCCCACCCCAGUGAGGACCUGGAGGAGCCCUACGAGAGCCUCCCCUCUGACAAGUCCCAGUCGGACGUGGACGAUGAUGGCUUGGCACGCAUCCUCCACUUCAACGACUCAGAUGCAGAGGAAGAGGGAAGCCAUGGUCAGGAUGACCUGAGCUGCUUCCACCCCACCGACUUCUUCAUUGAGGACCACAGCAGCGAGGCCAAGCCUGUCCCUGGCCACUUGUCCCACCUCUCCGAGUGCCUGGAUGAGAAUGCCAACCAGGAUGGAGGGGGUUUGCUGGAGGAUGCUGCCCACGCGCGGUGCGAUGGGCUGUCCUGCUGCUCCUCGUCCCCGGCCGAGCCCUGCUCCAAGAGCUACGCUGACCUCAGCCUUUCCUCUGACUCCUUGGAUUUCUUCCAGUCCUUCUCGGACUAUAACUUGGGACCCCUUUACAACUCCUUAAAGGAGUAUGAGAACCUUGAUAAUUUCUCAGCGUUACAGUUUCAGUUGCCUAAUUUCCCUGGCUUCCCACAAACCGGAGAUCAGGGCUCCUGUUUCUUGGAGUCCCUCAUCGGUUUGUCUGAAUCUGUCCCCGAAACCCCAGCCCCUUUCACAGACAAUCAGCUUUUGGAGGAUGCCAUCAAGUCAUCACUGAUGGAGACGGUGAAAGUGUGA